CACAAAAUCACAAAUUCGAUUUUCCUCUUCUCUUCUUCUUCCUCCUCCUCCUCUCGGAUUCUUCCUUAAAGUUUCCACCUUUCGCCACCGAGAAAACAUUCCGGCAAACCCUCGUCGGAAUACUUAAUCUCUUUGAUAAUCUUUCUCUCUGGUGACGUUUUGUGAAUGGUGGAAACUAAUCUGAUUGGUGAUAAUCAUAGGCUCACCCUUUCAACUAAAAGGGCGAGCUUUCUCAUCAUCCCUCUCUCUCAAGACUCUGUUUUCUCAUUCGGUUCUUGCAAAGAAGGCUGGUACUUCCGUUGCAUUGGCCUUGACCCGUGAACCAAUCAAUCAUCAUCUCCGAUCAUAUUUUCAAUAAUAAUUUCUGUGUUUUGAUUUUUUGAGAAUUUUGAAAAAAAGAUGUUGCUUUACAAGAAAAAGAAUCAGAUUGUUAAAGGAAACAGAAUCUUGAUCAGCGUAACGUUUCUUGGUAGUGCUGGUCCGAUCCGGUUCGUUGCUAAUGAAGGUGAUCUUGUUGCAUCUGUGAUUGAUACUGCUUUGAAAUGUUAUGCUCGUGAAGGUCGUCUUCCUAUUCUUGGAUCUGAUUUCAACGAUUUUGUUUUUUAUUGUCCAAUGGUUGGACCUGGAGCUUUGAGUCCAUGGGAAGCAAUUGGGUCGGUGGGAGUGAGGAACUUUAUGUUGUGUAAGAAGAAACCAGAGGAGAAGAAGGUUGAGGAAGAUAAGGGAAGAUCGAAUUUUCCGAUUAAUGGAGCUAGAAAAGGAGCUGGUGGAAGUUUUAAGGCUUGGAUUAAUAAAUCUUUAAGACUUAAAGUGACUACCCAUUAGAGAGACUACUUAUAUGUUGUCUUCUCUGUUUCUUUGAAUGCUCAUGUUUGGUUUGUGUCUUUGUUCUUUUGAUCUUCUUAUUUUAUGAACUUUUGAUUUGUUUUUUUUGUUUCUUAUGAUGGUUUCAGGAAAUAAAAGUUUCAAGUUCAUUUGAACA